GAGAGUUUAACAACUGUAUCCACUAGAACUUCGAUCAAUCCUUGCGUGCUCAAAGCUAAGCUAACCGCGUGCAGACAAGAUUUCUAUUUAGACGGGCGCUCUGGAAGUGGCAGAUAUGGUCGGAGGCCUUGUAUGUGAAGUGAGUUGAGUUCUGUUUAGAUAGCUUGUGGCCAACGCUUCAAAAAUUAAGUAACAUCAAUGCCAGUAAGUUCGAUUUACUUUGCCUGGCUUCACCAGAACAUUCAACAAUGGCGUGUCUGAUCUGCAUACUGGGCGUCAUCCCAAGGCUGAUAUUCUUGAGCACGGCAGUGUUAGCCACUGGGACCAUAGAUCGUUGUACAAACCAGCGCCAACAGGUAAUGCAAGCCGUUCAUAAUAGCGUGCUGCGGGGCAGUGCGUACAACACAAUCAUCGUGCGCUUUCCUGCCGUCUGCGGUCGAGAAUGCGCCUUGGAUCGGCGUUGCAAGUCUUUUAACUUCAGUAAAUGUCACAAAAUAUGCGAACUGAAUCGUGGCACGAGAGAGGAGUAUCCAGAAUACUUCGCUGCAGCGCUCGGGACUGCGUACUUCAGCGAAUUCGGUGAAGAUGAAGACACCAAUCUAACUUCGUCGAUCGGCAGCUCAGCCAGUUUCUACAGGAGUUGCGGGGAGCUCUAUGAAGCCGGGUACCACUCCAGUGGCAUUUUCGCCAUCUAUGCGGAGGGACUCCUCACCUCCUCCGGUCUGUGCGUCUACUGCGACAUGGAAACUGAGGGCGGGGGGUGGAUCGUAUUGCAGCGGCGGCAUGACAGCAGCGAAGACUUCUAUCGCAGCUGGAACGAGUACCGGAUCGGCUUCGGCAACCUGUCAAGCAACUUCUGGCUGGGAAAUGACAUAUUGGCGAAGCUGACGGCGAACAGGUCGUGGACACUGCGAGUGGAUUUGGAGGACUGGGAUGGGCACAGGGCAUGGGCAAAAUACCCAGAUUUCAAAGUAUCCCCUGAUCUGUACCGCCUAGAAAUUGGAAGGUACGACAACGGCAGCACUGCAGGCGAUGCUCUCAGCUAUAACCGAGGAUUACCCUUUUCAACUAAAGACCGCGACAAUGACGAAUACAACUCGAGCCACUGUGCAGUAGUCCUCCAUGGGGCAUGGUGGUUUGGUAAAUGUGGCUUUUCUCACCUAAAUGGUAGGUACUACUCAAUCUCGGAGGAGAUUCUUUUUCCAGGCAUUGUGUGGUACAAGUGGAAAAGGGUAGUGCGCUUGUCACUGAAAAGCUGCAGCAUAAAAAUCCGUGAGACAGCCCUGCAUCCCUGGGGGUAAAUUCUCUGAGUAGCGAAUGUAGAAGUUACGUUACACCUCUUAGAUCUGCUUGUGUCAACUAAUAUAUUCAGUGGUUACAGACUAGUCUUUUUAUAAUUUUAUGCCUCCCAGGAAAUCUGCAAAAAAUGUUUUUCGCACAACUGCAUCUAUGGCUGUUUAUAUUCUUGUCUAGAGUAACUAUAAUAUCGUUAGUGUUUUCAGGAAGUGAAAAUAUUCAAAAUCUUGUGGAACGGACUUGCUGAGAUAAACGCGUUUAAAAAUACUUCAAUAAACAUUUUUGAUCAAUUCUAUGUAACCGAUUGAGUUUUUUUUUCAAAGUCAUGAAAUUCAAGAUUUGGAAAAUGCUAAUCCAUACUUCAUUUUUGAUCAAUUCUAUGUAACCGAUUGAGUUUUUUUUUCAAAGUCAUGAAAUUCAAGAUUUGGAAAAUGCUAAUCCAUACUUAGUUGCAGAUAUAUUGUUAUUAAAUAAACUGUAAUUCAUUAAUAAAACUAUUUUUCACUUCGUGAAAACGGGAAAGCCAGGAGGUCUU